UAGAUAGAUAGAAUAGGGACUAAGCUGUAGACAAGAUGAUCAGAGAAUCAGGUUUCGAUUCCAGGUGUGGACAGGGAUGCUUCCUUUCACCUCCGUAUCCAUACCUGCCCUGGGUCCCCCACUCUCCUAUAUGAAAAUUGCUGGAGGCUCUGUCUCAGGAGCUUCAGUCUGAAUUCUCGCUAUCCAUCUAGUGAUUAGGAUAAGAAUGUGCGGAGCUGUACCUCCACUCCCCCACGUAUCUUUAUGGUGUGAUUUUCGGUUAAACACAGAGACACCGUUGUGAUUAUUGUUAAUUUAUUUUUGUUACAAUUUAUUCCACUUCUCUAAAAGUAAAUUCCACCUCGGAGACAAUGGUAGAGGGGUAGAUAGUUUUAAGACAUGUCUUCAAUUUGUGGGACGUAAGAAUAUGGAUGUAAUCCGAGUGACCCAGGGUAAGCAGAAUUGGCGAUCCCUUAUGAACACUGCAACGACUAUUCUUGUUUAAUGAACGAGAGCUACUCUAUUGUUGUGACUAGCUGAGCGACUGUUGAUUCCUCUAUUUCGUUAACUUGCCCAUUGGGUGCCAGUAUGAUUUUAAAUGGCAGAGAGCAACCUUAAUGCUGACUGUACUUUGUGUUAGGUAGAAUGCUUUGUCCACUCUCCUUUGCGAACAAAUCGACAUUCUAUUUCAACUUCAUGUAAAUUACGGUACAUAUUUGGAGGAUAAAAAUGAAAAAUAGAAUUACUCCACGUUGUUUAAUGUAGAUCCCUACAAUUUUAUUUAAGACAUGCGGACGAAUACCUCCCAUUAUGCAUUCGUUUAUAUACAGAGAAAUAGCAAUAGAGCAAUGUUAUGUGAGGUUCUCACAGAGAGUGUUACUAAGAGUUCUGUCUUCUGAGAUAUAAUGUCGUGGGUUCCGUUUAAAGUAAACCAAAGUUCCGGAGGAACCCUUCUUCAGGGUCGAAGAAGAAGCCGAGAAAGAAACCUGCGUGAAAGAAAAUGCCAAGCAGCUUCGGUUAAUUUCCAACUGACUACAAUCCAUUGUAUUCCAGAAGACAGAAUUCUUCAGCAAUAAAUCCAUUUUCCACUUUCACUGAAAACUAAAACAACAUUCGGCAGUCGUCUCAAUACGGUAACUUAUUUUUAAAAUCCUUGUUUAUAAAGUGUAUACGGUUUAUUUUUCUUCUUUUCACAUGCUCGUCACUCCCAGAAUAACUCCCUUUAUCAUUAGUUUUGUAUCAGCAGUAACAACCCUAUGUGGGCGUAGGCCCUACAGCCCACAGUCCAAUAUGCUACAUGCCAACAGCAACAGAUGAGGAGAUGCCAUACUUUUGUUGUCAACUUCAUAUGCAGCACGAAAUCAGUUCCAGAUAAGUUGAGAAACGAGGCUGGCUUCGAUCUCAGGCUUACCAUUCAGCUUGAUUUACAAUACAUGUACUUAACCUGAAGAGAAAUACUGCUACAUAUACUCAGAUUGUUUACAUUCAGCGGAAGACGACGCGGAGGUCUACAGACACUUGUCUGCAUCAACAAUGGAAAGCUUGGCGAAUGUUGCCCCUACAGGGGAUUUUGCAAAACCACGUCGAAAUGUUCGAAUGACCCCGAAAUAUCUUACCUUACUUUCCACAUUAAGAUCAAGUGUCACAAAGCUUUAUGCCAACAAGCGCAUCAGAGACAUACGCCACGUAAAUGACAAGGGAAGUGAUCAGAACUCAUUUAGGAGAGCAAUGAGUUCUUUCAUGUUGAUGGCACAAUGCUUCGCCCUUUGUCCUGUGCAAGGAAUCACCAGUCUCAACGCUCAUGACGUAAGAUUCACCUGGUGCAGUUGGCGUGUCGGCUACUGCAUUGUCAUGAUUUUGGGCAUGACAGCCGCUUGUGGAUUUACCAUUGCCUUUUACAUAAAGGGCUUCUUCACUUUCGAGACUUCCGCUACUGUUGUGCUCUACACCCUUGGCUUGUCAUGCUGUUUCUGCUUCAUGAGCCUUGCCCGACGAUGGCCUCGUCUAGAGGAAUUGUGGCAAAGAACUGAACAUGAGCAAAUACAAUACGGAUAUCCGAGGAAUCUUUAUCUCAGGAUUAGAAUUAUGUCGGCUGUAACACUAGCAAUCGCGCUGGGGGAACAUUUCCUAGCGAAGUAUACGGUCAUCUGCACCGUGGCGCUUUGUUCAGACAAGAAGAGAGACCUACUCCAGCUCUACUGGCUGAUGAAUUACCGAUUCGUAUUUGAGUUUGUCCAGUUUUCACUACCUCUAGCUUUUCUCUGCGAAAUCGUCAACUUCUUCGCUUCAUUCUACUGGAACUUCAUUGAUUUGUUUGUAAUUGUUCUUAGCAUGGCUCUGUCGAGUCGUUUCAGGUUGCUGAAUAGCCUUUUGAAAUUUUCAGUGAGGAAGGUUCAGCCUGAAACCUUCUGGAGGGAGGCACGUGAGAAUUACAACAGUCUGUCUGUCCUGACAAAGUUCCUCGACUCUUGCAUAUCUAGCAUCGUCCUACUGUCAUUUGCUACCAACAUGUUCUACAUCUGCCAGCAGCUCUAUAACACUCUGAGGAAAUCCGUCGGGACGGUGAAACUGGUCUAUUUCUUCGUGUCGAUCAGCUGCCUGUUGUUCAGAACAGUUGCCGUGUCGCUAUGUGCAGCCAGCAUACAGGAAGAGAGCCGAGCCACUAAGGACAUCCUGUACGCUCUGCCAGCAGAGAGCUACACAAUUGAAGUGCAUCGGUUUCUGGUCCAGAUUUCCACAGAUAAUGUUGCCCUCACUGGCCUCAGAUUUUUUACCGUUAACAGGAACCUGCUCCUUACGAUGAGUGGGACAGUUGUGACGUAUGUAGUUGUAAUGGUGCAGUUUAGCAGCCCAACAUCAAGCGUCUCGUACACUAACACAGAAUUUUGUCUGAAUAUUACUGAGAUGUUGAAUUAGGUCUUUGUCAUCAGAGUUAGACCUAAACGCUAGAAGACUGGGAAGUACAUCAUACAACUUAUUUAUAAUACAAUUUGACAUAAUAAUUUAUGACUUAGAUGGAAUUAUGUAUCUAGAUAUUAAAUCGUGUUCUUCCUCAGACAUCACGGCUCAUGUUUCUUUGUACAUAUCUCACCUCACUUGCGCGCUCUAUUAAUGUCAAAAGAACCACAUUGGAAGAUUUCCGUCAUCUGGGUUCUGACUCCGUGUAUUACGACUGAUGCAAUGUAUCACUGGCCUUUAUCGCUUGCAACUUACUCUUCUAAUCUGAAGGUUGAGAAAGGUUGUUCCUCCAAAGCUUUCGUAAAUGUCUACAGGACUACAUUAGGCGGAACACAAUAGUCUUCAUAGCCAUCAGUGUGAGAAUAUCAAUUCCAACAGAAUUUACUCGAGUUAGAAACAAAAUAUUCUUUUAUAAACCUGUAUAUUAUGUAAUUUUAUAUGGUGUGAUUUGGAAUUCGUAAAUGACAAAGAGAUGGAAGUUUGGUAUGUUUGGGUGAACUGCAAGAGCGGCCAACAGGAUUGUUUUAGGCGCACUUUCCUCUCAGCGUUACUAGAGGCGCUGUGAUCGCUCCUUUCAUUAGCAGAGUUUCUCUGGGUUUUAGAAAACGUGUAGGAAGGGGAAUGCUCUGUGGACAGAAUGCUGUGUUUGAGUGAUAAUGUUUUGUUUUGAAGCUGAUAUUUUAAGGUAAGCUAAACAUAGACAUUUUUUUCUUAAAUAGACAUAGAUAUUAACGUUACAGUUUAAGCAGAUAUGCUGUACUGAACUACCGUUUCUUUUUGUUGAUAGUGAGGUUAAAGCGUGCUCACGUGUUCUGAGCGCAAAAUCUAUUAUUAACAUACUGUGAGUGAUAGCAACCCUUUUUACAUAUUAAUGAACUAGGUCAGUUCAAGAAGACCGCUUUGGAAAAUUUAAAAAUAUUAAUUCUUUAAUGAAUUUUUUAAGACGUUGAAUUAAAGUUCAAAGAAUAGUACGAUUAGAUCUAACUUAGAAGAUUUUGUGCCGUCUAAGUGCAACGUCAUUCUCUAUUGUUUCUUCUUAUUCCUUUAUUGGACCCUACACGUCUUCCUCUAACUGGCCAUCUUCAGGUGUCCAGGUGGUUGUGGUUAAGGAUUCUGCUGCUCACUGUAAUGUGAUUUUGUGUCUUCUUAUUUUAGUUGCCUCUCGUUAUUUUGUUUAUGUGGGACACCAUCAGUUUUAUUUAGGUGUUCUUGAGUUGCUCGUGUUUGCUUUUCUAUAAUGUGUGAUGCACUAUGUUAGAGCCUUUUAAAUGUAUAUAUGUAUAUUCAGUUAUUGUACACCGUACAAUAUGUUACUUACGGUUUUUUUCUUGUUUGUUGUGGUUAUCUUGAGUGUUCUUGCUGGUGUGGGAGUUCUGUUAUGUUUUGGUCGGCCAUUCUAUUCCUUCGUUGUGGGUGUUUUCGUGACGUCAGUUGUGUUGCUGCCUCGAUUAUAUUGAAUGAAACAAUUGUGAUGGCAGAAGCUAUGAUAAAGUUCUAAAAUUUAUCCGGGAAGGGAGAAGCAUUAGACAUGCAACUGACAUUUUCAAAGUACCACGAACAUGCCUGCGUUAACGAAAAAUUGCUGAAGGCAAUAGUAAGGAGUCAAAAGGUGGCCAAACCGAAUUAAUUACCUUGGAAACAGGAAGUGUUCAACUGUAUGAAGUAGUAUUUGUAAAAUUAAUUCGCCGGAUAUUGGACGAAUAGGACAAUGUAGAGGAUAUAUAUACUUCGAUAGAGCACUUUAAGUUGAAAUGCAGUCCAAAUAUAAAAAAUAUAUACUAGUAUUACUGGGGAAGCAUUAACUUGGCUAACAAUAUCAUAAAUUUAAUUUUCAAACACUGAGCAGGACGUACCAGCUGCUUAAUUUUUGGGCGGAUUCGCCCUAACUUACCCUAGAUUUGCAGAAGGUAUUCAGCGGUUUAAAUAAAUUUUAAGGGUGUGGAAACGUUGGUAUAUUCGAUUGAUAUUUGAUUUCUAAACAUGUCUGUCAUUUACGUGUCUGUUAAUAUUUUAUGCAACCAAAGCCAUAUAAAAUGUUAUUUACUUAUGUAAUGAAUGUUAUGAAUAUGUAAGUAAUGACUGCGUAAAAAAAAUGUAAUGCUCAUGUGUUACGUUUUCUAUAGUUUAGGGCAUGCAAUAUUAUAUGUACUGUUCUCAAACUCAUAAAAACUCAAAAAUUUUAUUACUACGGAAAUAAUGUACUCCUAACUUAUUCUGUGAUAUUGUGCCUAUACAAUACUUUCCUCGUUAUAAACAGAACAACGAAAGAGAGUUGAUUUGUUUCCAACAUAUCU